CGUCGCAUACCACGAACACGAGCAACAUUUGCACAAUGUGUACGCGAGCUAGUUAAAGUGGAUCGCAAUACUAAUGAAGAUCUUGUUCCAGAUCAUGGGAUGUGCCGAAUGAAAAGAGGCCGACGCCGAGGUCUCUCUGGCAAGUGCCUCCUCCGAGGCAGCUUGAAAGUUAAAGGAAGCACGUGGACAAGUGGCACGAGUGGCCUUAGCUGGCCUAUAAACGCGCGAAGAAAACAUACACAAAACCUGCUAUCAAUCCUAAUUGACACCAAAUCGGAAACGAACGCCAAGCCGAGACCUGAAUUGGCUGCCGGCUUUUCAUGCAUUAAACGAAUACACAAUGGUUUCUGGUUGCAGAAUCAGCGGCAGGACAUUCGCAGAGAUUCACAGAGCAGCUUCGUGGCAUCUCAAUUUCCAUUGAUGCUUUCGGGAUUGGCCAUUGACGCUGUGCAUCUCAUCCGUCACCGACGGGUACCGCCGCGAUUAGGCCCUUUUGUGACGUCUGUUCGAUGGAAUUGGAUAAUGGACGAUCGCCGAUUACGCGGCUAAGUGGAUCUAAGCGCUUUGAAUCCGUGCUUCGGACACCAAUCCGCCGCGGCGUACCCCUAUCACGUGGUCGUUCACGUUUUCUCUGCUCGCGUUUAACAUUUUUUCUUUUCUUUUCUUUUUGUACGCUUUUCUUCGUUUCUUUCAGGCGAUCCGACAGAAGCUGGUACAGUCGGAAAGAGCAGAAAGCUGGAGGGCAGUUGGCGAACGACUGCGUUGGCACGCGGUACUUUCGCAUUUCAAUACGAAUAUUGGCUGCCGGUAUCAAGGUCAAGCGACGACGAUAGCUUCGAUCGAAGCUAUUGAAGUGGUCGUAAGCGACGACACUUCGAAAUACGCGAAUUACAUCGGUUAGAUCGUCGCCUACAGCAUGCAAGUACGGACGUGUUGGAUAAGGAUCGCGAAG